AUGCCACGUUCCUUCGGGUCACCGUCCCCCCCCCCCCCAGUCUCCCCCAGCUUUCCAACCCCAGACGAGGGCUGUCACGCUGGGUACGGAGAGAUCGACAGACAAGAAGUUCGACCGCGCCAUCUGAAGCCUCAAGAUAUCCCAGCCAUCGAGCAUGGUGAGGUUAGCUUUUGGGCUCGCCUAUGUCUUGGAACCAUCACCAAAUCACCGUCAGUAAGCAAGUAA